CUUACUUCCGGUGUGGAUGUCCUUGGGUCAAAAUUUGGCCUGUAUCGUUAAAUUUAUUAUUUUGGAUUUAAAUAAAUUUUUACAGAUAAAACGCCCAAAACAGUGUUUAGUAGAAUUUAGAUGUGAUUGAAGAAAGAGGAGGUAACCAUGUCCACAGAGAGUGUAAAGGGCAGUAAUGAUGAUGCCCUGACCCCCAAUUCUGAUCCACUUGACGGAGAUUCCACCGACAGAAGUAACCAGAAACAAGAGAAUGUUUCAGCUGAUUCGGAUGGUGAAACAAAGAUCAAGGCUGAUACAGAGGAACAUGAAAAGAAUAGUACUCCUCGUUCAUUAAAAUCUGGAGAUGGCAGAAAAUCUAUGUCACCCGAGAGGUCAGGGUCUUCAUCUCUUGAAAAAUCGCCGUCUAGUCGCCCAGAAAGCUCGGAGAGUCGGGCAAAGAGUAGCGGAGAAAUAGAGGAGAAAGUUGUUGGGACGAAAACUAAGAAGAAAACAAAGAAGUUUGAUAUUGACCCUGAUGGACACGAAGUGUCAUUUACUUUGACAAUUUCUAUUGCAGUACCAACAGUUGAAGAGGAGCAGCCCAUUAUUGAUGAUGAUGAUCAGCCAGAUAUUAACGAUCUGCUUAAGAAGAAGAAGCGUGUGUUUGAGGCACCGAGGGCCCAGAAUUACUACCAUCUUGAGUAUUACCUUGUGCCUGAGAAAGACGAGCUUAUGAAAACUGACGUUGUAACAUACGGCAUGGGGGCUAAGAUUUACAUGGAAAGACAUGAUCCUGUAGUGAAGAAAACCUGGCAUGAUGGUGAAGUCACAUGGAUAGCGUGGACUCAAAAACACAAGCUGUAUGUAACAAAAGACGUAUUACUCAAGUUGUAUGACCACACGCUUGAACUGAGGAUUUGGGAUACGAAAGAUAAAGUUGGAACUAGGGCAAGAUUUGACCGACCCAAGCUGUUCAAACUACCAAGCUUAAAACAUGGUGAAGAUGUUGACGACCUUGGUGGGGUUAAAGGAAUGGUGAUGCAACAGUGUCGUAGCUUCACAGACAUGCAGCCAAAGAAAUCCCGUGAAAUCAGACCACUGCCGAAAGAAAUAACAUUUCAAAAACCAGAUCCACCAGGACACAAGAAAAGAGAUCCUACCCCUGCAGCCGAUAAACCUGGGUCAAGAGCCAGUGGGGACAAACUGUCUGGUGGACAGGGAGCUUCUUCCCCCACCCCUCAUACUCUUGUAGGUGUUGUAAAGCGAGAUGAUGAACUUGAUGGCAGGUCAUCCUUCAGUAGACUAGGUCGCCUAGCAGAUCAUGAUGAUGUUCCCACAGAAAGACAUGACUCCCGUGCCAGUAAGGUCAGCUCUAAGAAAUCGCGCACAGUCUCCCAGGCCUCGAAGUCUCGCACUGAACAUGCCAGCACACCUGCCUCUAAGGCCAGACAUGGAACCAAGUCUGCUGGCUCCUCUGGAUCAAGCAAAGCUAUCCAAGCCUCUAACCAGGGUUCGUACCAGCCACGCAGGAGGAAUCGUAAAGCUGAGCUGGCUGCCCAGACAGCUGCCGAGAAUAUCAAGAGGAAUGGUGUAUGUAUGGUGCCUAUCAGAAUGGCAGUACUCUUCUCUGGUGUACAGACAAUCACAAACAGAUUGGAUACCCCUGUGCUUGGCCUGGAGGAUAUGUUUGUUACCCUGCAGCUAAACAAACCACUGCUGAAUCAAAAACAGAAACAGGAAUUGAACCCGAUGAUUAUCAAGAUACACUCGAUCACAAAUAUGCCGUCCUCUCCAAUGACUCAUGAACAGCUUAAAGAUAGAUGUAUGCCAGCAUACUGUAGAUACUCCUUCUUCAAUCUGUCUCCUCAUGUGACCUUGAAGCGACCUCAUGCUUCCAGUGUGUACUAUGAUGACAUCAAUGUCAUCCUUGCUGGGACAUUUGAGCCAUCAGAAUUUCGGCAGUACCUAAAUGGUCCUCCCCUGGAGAUUGAGGUCCAUGACCGGGACCGGAAACUUGAGGAAAUGAAGUUGAAAGCUACACUGUUUGGAGAUGACCUGGAAGAUGAGAAGAUCAGUAAUGUUGGCACUGUGGCUAGUAGAAGAACACUGCACAAUCCAUUUAAAGACAAGUCAAAGAUUUGGGAUCCAUAUGGUGUAGCACGUGUAGAUCUCUCCGACCUUCUACUUGGCAAUAGAUAUUUAUAUAUCAAAGUUCCCGUGCAUAGUUGUCCACCUCCUGACCUGCUUGGCUUGGGUGAUAACAGAAUGUCAGGGAAAGUUAUGGGCCUUGCAGGAGCUGUAGAUGGCCCAGUGGACAGCCCAAUGCCUGCUGGACACUACAUGUCCAACAACACAAUGCUGAAAAUUAAAGUGGAACUUUCCCAACCUCUCGUAACUCCAUAUGAUGUUGCCGCAAAGGACCACAUUGAGACCACAGAUGAGUGUCCAUUUGGUCGGAUAGUAUUCAAGUUUGAUUACAAGAACACUCAUUUGUUGAACCAGCUACAAAUGGUAGUCACCAAGAUCAAUGCACGAGCUCUUGAGCUGGACGACAUGCCACAACAUGUAGUAGAUGCUGCUCUAUCAACAUACAAACUGUCAGGCAUGCAACAACAGAGUAGGACGUUAGAUAUCAUCACUGGUUUCCAGGUGCUGGAUGGUUCCCUGCAUCUGUUUGUCCUAGAAGGAUUAAGGGACCAGGCAAUAAAGGAAGUUUGGGAGUCAUUGCCACAACCAGAAAAUUCAGAUGUCACUAUCCUGUAUCAUAGUAACCUAAGCUUCAGUGAGAGACUGUAUGGGCCUCUAGAUGUUGACCUUUGCCGAGUGAAGUUGCACGAGCCUCUACGGCAGAUUGUACAACAGCCACUCCUCUAUGUAAGAGAUAUGGUACCAAAACCAUGCUUUGAAGCGCUCGUAAAGUUACACGAGUUACUGAAGACAAAGAGUGUGAAAGAUGCAGUGAGAAAUCAGUUAUUCCCUACAGCUGAUAUGGUUGUAUCCAUGAGUAAAGAGUUUGGUGUUCCUUUUACAACUGAAGAUUUUGAAGAAUUACAAGUGAAAGAUGAGAAGUCGUUUGUAGCGGAGGCAACAACUGCCACACAUGAGCAAUCGUUUGUACGUGAGCCAAGUAAAUACUGGGAACCUAUUGACAACUUGAACAUUUCUUACAUGGAGAAACUUGUGGAUAGAGAAAAACAGGGUCAGUCUAGAGACUUCAUGCAGGAGCAUCGGGAAGAGGUGAAGAAAGCCAGUGAAAUAAACAAGAGAGAGAAAGAGAUGAACAAACCACUUACUGUGAAAGCUGAUGUCACAGUAGCUCACAACUACAGUACACAGUCGCUUAACUCUACUGAACUUGCUAAGGAAAAACUUAAGCAGAUGCUGGCAAAGGAUCCUGACACAAGAUACACAUAUUGUCAGGACUACCUUCACUCUAUGACAGUUGUACCAGUGAAUGUUGAAGCCUUGAAAAAGCAAGAAAAGCUGGAAUCCGAAGCUAGAUGGAAGACCGAAGAAGGUUGGAUUUAUCCUGGCAUGAAAAGCACGCUUGAAGCCAAUGAGCAUCCAAGACAUCCACAUACAGCCAGGGUUGAUGAGCUGCAUGAGAAAUGGAGAGAAAAUAUCCUCCAUGUUGGUUUACUACAAGCCCCACUGGACAGAGAUCGUUACCCAUGGGAUUUGAGAGAUAAGGACUUGGAACUUUACAAGGUACCGGAAAUCAAUUUUGGAGUGCCUGAGCAUGGAACUAUUCAUCUGGCAGGGGAAAAACUCAGACAAGAGAAACUGGCAGCAAAACAUGAAGAUCUAACAGAGUGGAAAUCCAAAAUUGUUGUUGACGAUACUCGACAGUAUUUUCAUAGGUGUUUAACAGAAACAGAGUUACGUACACAGGGUAGGAAAGCCAGCAACCAAGUGGCAAGGUUACAGGGUCUUCUCAAGGACAGGCCAAACAAACUGAGUCUACGUCGACCUGGAAUGAAUCUUAGAAACAUUCCUCCACUUAAUGUGGUGCUGAACCCCAGCGUAGACACAGACUCACGUUUGGCUGGUAUCACUCCGAGACCAGCGGUGGAGAAUGAAGGAGAUGAGACCAAUAAAGGAUUCAAACCUGGCCCUUACUUAGAACAUAGCUGGGUGUUGGAAAGGAACAAAGUGCCAGCUAUUGAUUAUGAACAUGAUAAAUUCAACCAAUUGAAAGGGCGUGAUUUCAAUGUAUACCAUAAAGAGAGGACAAGAAUGUGGAGAAGGCCUAUAGUUCCUCUAACUGAAGAUGAAAGAGAUAACCAUUUAUUUAGAAUACCAGAUGAUCCAAAAAGGUUCCGAGUUUUACCAGAACUAUCACAUAGCCUCGGAGAUCGGUCAUUAACUCAACCCCAGAUUUCCACAGUAAGUGUAAAUGCAUCUAAAACAGAUCCACCGUUUUCCCAGCUUACUGCCCCUACAUCAUUUAAUGACCCAUCAUUGAAGACAUCAACAGAACCAUCAAGGACUAUAACCAUGGAGCAGUCUGCUCUCAGUCAGCCAGUGACAAAACAGCCAGUACUACAACUGGUCAACUAGAAAUUUCAGAUUUAGGAUUUAAAACAAACUAAUGUGAUAGAAAGAGCAUAUCUUAAUUUUGAUCUGACUUGCAUUUUUAAGAAAUUAUCAGCUGAAAGGGCAGAAUUACAGUUGUACAUUGUAAGGAAAAAGAAAAAAUGCAAUUAAAAAUUUCUUCAGUCUUAUUUUUUUUACAUACAUUGUACUACGAGGGAAAAUCAGUAGCUAUAAAUUCAACACAUAGAUCAGUGUUAAAAGUCAAAUGUUUGAUAUUUUAUCUGAACUUCUUUAUGUCUUGUGUGAAGAUUUAUGAACAGCGUUUCAAAAAGUGUGGAAUUUAAAUCCCAAAUAUAUAGUAUAUUUCUUGCACCAAUUUGUCUGUAAUAUUUAAGGACGAUUAUUUUGUUUUGCUUUAUAUUUACUUUCCAUGUUUAAAGUUAUAAAACUGACUCUGGAGAGAAUCAAAAUGCAAGCAUUUUAUUGGCUGUCUCUGAGCACAAUUUUCAAAUAGACCAAUGGCAUGACAGCUUUCCGAGACUGAGUUUCCAAACUCUAGUUUUAUUUGCAUUUUGAUGAAUGUGACAUAUUUAUAGGAUCUUCAUCUCCAUGGAAACCUUCUUGUUGAAAUUGCUUAGAUCCAUGAUGUCUGAGGUAUUACAGUAGUCAAGUCACUCUGUAAUAUAUAUUUCCAUCUUUGAUCUGUCUAUUUCUACCUUUCCUUUUCACUUUUUAACCUUUUCUUUUAAGCCACUGAACUUAUUUUAAAAAACUCAGAAUUCAAGGAAAUAAGUCUUGUUUAAAGUUUAUUAUAAUUCAUACUGUAAAUAGUGUAAAUAAACUGGCCCUAGUUUUAUGGGGGUCACACCAAAUCUUGUGGUAAAUCACUGCUGAACUGUACAGAAUACUGCUGUAUGUGUAGUUUAUAGUCGACAGUAUUUCAAUGUUUUUGUGCUGAUAAUACACUGCUUACUUAUUUGUUACUGAAAUUGCUAUACAUUUUAAUAGAGGUGUUUUUUUUCUCCCCUAUUAACUGCUGUAUUUUUAUAUGUUUAAUGUUUACUUUUUAUUUUAAAGACAAUGAUAUAUUCUGCUGUACCUCAUACUGCCAUUUCAAAUACAUACCAUUUUAGAUCUAUAUCUAUUUUGUAUUGUGGCCUAAACAUAACAGUAUGAAAAAAUCUUAAGGUUUAAAAUAUAAAAUAAGAUGGAUUUCGUUAAUAGUCAGAUUAUGUCACUUUCAAUAGAAAAAAUUUAAGUUCUUGUUUCCUUAAAUAAUAGUAAUACAGUGUCCUGUAUAUGCAUAAUGUGAGACUAGUGAGGAGGGAGUGUAUUAUGUAAUUCAUACAAGAAUUAUUAUGUCUCCCACUACACAGUGGUGUGGGAGACAUAUUGAUUUACUCCGGUCUGUGUGUGUGUCUGUCCGUGUGUCUGUCUGUCACAAAGCUUGUUCGCACUCUAAGUCGAACAUUUCUCAUCCGAACUUCACCAAAUUUGAAUAAAAUGUGUUUGACCAUAAGACCUUGGCCAAGUUUGAUAACUAGCCAAAUUGAUCCAGGCGUAUUAGAGUUACGGCCCUUGAAUUACCAAAAAUCGACCUUUUUACUCUUGUCCGUACUCAAAGUCGAACAUUUCUCAUCCGAUCUUCACAAAACUUAAACAAAAUGUGUUUGACCAUGAGACCUCGGCCAAGUUCGAUAACUAGCCAAAUGGGUCCAGGCGUAUUUGAAUUAUGGCCCUUGAAUUACCAAAAAUCGGCCUUUUUACUCUUGUCCACACUUAAGUCGAACAUUUCUCAUCCGAUCUUCACAAAACUUGAACAAAAUGUGUUUGACCAUGAGACCUCGGCCAAGUUCGAUAACUAGCCAAAUCGGUCCAGGCAUUUUGGAGUUAAGCCCUUGAAUUACCGAAAAAUCCGCCUUUUUAGCUCACCUGUCACAUAGUGACAAGGUGAGCUUUUGUGAUCACCCUUCAUCCGUCGUCUGUGCGUCAACAAUUUCUUGUCUGCGCGAUAGUGGUUUCAUUUAUGAUUUUAUUUUAACCAAACUUGCACACAACUUGUAUCACCAUAAGAUCUCGGUUCCUUUCUUGAACUGGCCAGAUUCCAUUAUGGGUUCCAGAGUUAUGGCCCCUGAAAGGGCCAGAAUUAGCUAUUUUGACCUUGUGUGCACUAUAGCAACUUCAUUUAUGAUUUUAUUUUAACCAAACUUGCACACAACUUGUAUCACCAUAAGAUCUUGGUUCCUUUCUUGAACUGCUGAGAUUCCUUUAUGUGUUCCAGAGUUAUGGCCCCUGAUAUGGCCAGAAUUAGCUAUUUUGACCUUGUCUGCACAAUAGCAGCUUCAUUUAUGAUUUGAUUUUAAUCAAACUUGCACAAAACUUGUGUUGCCAUAAGACAUCAGUUCCUUUGUUGAACCGGCCAGAUCCCAUAAUGGGUUCCAGAGUUAUGGCCCCGUAAAGGGCCAAAAUUAGCUAUUUUGACCUUGUCUGCACAAUAGCAACUUCAUUUAUGAUUUGAUUUUAACCAAACUUACACACAACUUUAAUCACCACAAGAUCUUGGUUUUUUCCUUGAACAGGCCAGAUUCCUUCAUGGGUUCCAGAGUUAUGGCCCCUUAAAGGUCCAAAAUUGGCUAUUUUGGCUUUUGCAGCCAUAUAGAGACUUCAUUUAUGGUUUUAAUUAGAUACAAACUUCCAAAAUAUCUUCAACAACAAUAAAACUUGGAUUCCAUGACAAAUCAGAUCCAAUCGCAGGUUCCAGUGUUAUUUUAUAUCUGAUUACCUCCCCUGAUUGUAAUCAAAAUGGAUUUAUAUCAGUAAGUACUUAUACAACUUAUUUGAAAUUUCAUUAUUGUUAUUAGUUGGACUGAGACAAUCAGGGUAGAUAACUAUGGACUGAUUUUAUGUCAGAUUACCUCCCUUUAUUUCGAAUUAAAAUGGGUAUAUCUCCAUAACUAAUGAAGAUACUGAUCUGAAAUUUCAUUUAUGUCAACAGAUUUAUUUGGCAGAUCCUUCUUUUGUUCACUUACAAUAUUUUUUUUUUUUUAAUUACUUCCCUUUUAUGUUACUAUAAAUAGCUUAUUUUUAGUAACUUUUUUAUUAUUGGCCGUAGGGAAAACCCGAGACCACUUUCCUGUAGUACAACAUGGAUGGUACCUCCAAUUUUUAGGUGUAUUUUGAUAUAUUUAUACCUUGUAAGAAUUUUUUUUUCUUUUUGGUGAAAUUUCUUCCCUUUGUUAUUCCUGUCCUUUCGACUUAGAUAUUUCUGAGGACCUUCUUGUCCUCAAGUGCAAUGAUAACAGGUGAGCGAUAUAGGGCCAUCAUGGCCCUCUUGUUAAAUUAUGUCCCCUUUUGAACUUAAAAUUCUUUUGAUAUUUAACAUUUUGGGCAAUAAUUUCCUGCUUCUGUGGCAAUAUUUCGAAUAGUCGAGCUUGGCUGUCUUACGAACAGCUCUUAUUCAUAGGGCAGUUGUGGGAGACAUGCGCUUUUCUCAAAAGCAUCUCUAGUUAGUGUAUUGAUUUUAGCAUGUUUGUGAUUUAUUUGUUAUUGUUUACUUUAUUAUGCAGUGGUUAUCCGUCCAGUUUGUUUGUGUGCUUAUCUGUGAUAUUAAGUUGAUUUUAAUAAAAAAAAAAAAGUUUAAUUCUUGCUUACAACAUUAUUUAUUGUGAAUGUAUUGUUUUUUUUUUAAAUUUAUGUUAUUGUAAGCAAUGUAUGAUCAACUUAAAAUGAGACAAAAUUUAUUGUUAUAUAUUUAUACUUAAAGAAAUAACAUGAUUUACUAAUUUUAGAGUCCUAAUACAGUUUUAAAAUGGAGAAAAAAUGCUAAGUCCAAUGAUUUAUAAAAAAGUAGUAUUUGUACUACUAUCCAAGGAAUUAAAUAUGUUAUAGCGGAAUUGUUAAGUAUUUCUGCCUCUUAAAAUGAUUAUUUAAUUACUUUGUUUUGUAAAACUGCUGCAUCACAAUUUGUCCUUUGCAGCAAAUUGUCCCAGGAAAUCAGUAUUGAGUUUGUUGGAUGAAAUUCACUUCUUUAAAUCAUAUUAUAUACAAUAUGUACUUGUUAUCCGAACAGCACAAAAUAAAAUAGAAAAGAAAAGGUG